AUGACGUACGUGUCAUGCUUUUACCAUGCGUUCCGUAAUGCACCGGAAGUCCGUUCGAUACCGCCGCCACAGCGGGCGCCACCACCGGAACGCGACUGGCGUAAAGAAGUAAGCAGCUCGUGUGGAGUUCUGCAAGCGUCUGUGUUGUUUGAGGUGAUGCUUUCAGACAUGGUGAACUCACAUCCGGACGAGAAAGCUGUCAUGACGUAUGUCUCCUGCUACUACCACUAUUUCAGCGGAAUGCGUAAGGCGGAAACGGCAGCGAACAGAAUCUGUCGGGUGCUUAAAGUCAACCAGGAGAAUGAGAAAAUGAUGCAGGAGUACGAACAUCUCGCCAGCGAUUUGCUCGCUUGGAUAAACCACUGGAUGCCGUGGUUGGCUAAUCGAACCACCGACGACAAUUUGUCGAAGGCACAGAAGAAGCUCGACGACUAUCGCAAUUAUAGACGGCAUGAGAAACCGCCACGAAUCGAAGACAAGGGUCGUCUAGAGACGCUGUUCAAUACACUCCAAACUCGUCUGCGGUUGUCAAAUCGACCGGCAUUCCUUCCUCGAGACGGACAUCUUGUUAAGGACAUUAACAAUGCAUGGAAAAAUCUCGAAGACUCGGAGAAGGGCUUUGAAGAAUGGCUUCUCAGCGAGAUCAUGCGGUAG